AUGGAGCCCAUCCGUCUCGGCAUCAUAGGCUAUGGCUUCUCCACCAAAUGCUUCCAUCUACCAUUCAUCAAUGCAUUGUCGGAUUUCAAGGUGGUCGCUUUCUUUCAACGAACGGAGGCACCGAAGGACUCCAAGAGCGCAGCACUCGGUUCACAUUGCACUGUCGACUAUCCCGACAUCAAGCACUAUCGGAAUGCCGAUGAAUUCUUCGCCGACAAGGACAUCGAUGUGGUGAUUGUGUGCAGCAAGCAGGAUACCCAUGCAGAAUAUGCCGAGAAGGCCAUGAAUGCUGGAAAGCAUGUGGUUGUGGAGAAGCCGUUCACCAGAACGACAGAAGAGGCCAACCAUCUCAUCGCGCUGGCAGAGAAAACCGGAAAGAUCUUGACAGUGUUCCAAAAUCGAAGAUGGGACAACGAUUUUCUGACCCUCCGACACUUGGUCGACAAAGACGCCUUCGGAACCAUCAAGGAAUGCGAGAUACACUACGAUGUCGACUUCCCUUUUUGGAUGAGAGGGAUGAACAAGAAGGAGUACGUGCCGGGAGACGGCAUGACUUUCGGUCUCGGAAGCCACACGUUCGAUCAAGCACUGCUGCUCUUCGGGCGGCCCAAGUCCGUGACGGGGUUCCUGCGCGUGCUCCGCGGCGUCGACAGCGAGAUCGAGGACAGUUUCACGGCCAUCCUGCAGUAUGACGGGGAGCAGAAGGACCUGCUGGUCACGGUAAAGACGAUGGUCGUGUCGCCGAUGAAGGACCAGCUGAAGUAUUUUGUCCGGGGGACGAAGGGGUCGUUUGUCAAGCACGGGACAUGCAUCCAAGAAGCACAGAUCCUCGCCGAGCCCUCGCUGCCCACGACGCACCCGGACUUCGGCCGGGAGCCGCCGCACCUGUACGGCCUGCUGACGACCAAGGGCGACCACGCCUUCGACCCGGCCCACCAGGUCCACGAGCCCGACGCGAAGCUGUUCGUUGGCCGCUACCCCACCAUCCCGGGCCACUGGGUGGGCUUCUACGAGAAUCUGCGCGAUGCCGUGCGCGGUACCGCCCCCGUCGCCGUCAAGCCCGAGCAGUCCCGCGACGGCAUCCGCCUGAUCGAGCUGGUCCGCGAGAGCAGUCUCAAGGGCCAGGCUGUCGAGUGGCAUUGA